AUGGCGACUACUUGGGAAGCCUUCCUCUCAGAGAUUGCGCAAUUGCAAGGGUUUAUUGAUAACCAGAAGAAGGUUGUUGACAAAAAGAACCUUGCAGAAUGCAUGGCUGCACAUGUGAAGCAGAUCACAUCGCGCUCCAACCUCACCACCAACGCAGAAGGUGCAACCAAGUUUAGUGACCUCAUCAGUACUGGACCGUGGACAGACGACCAGAAGUUGCAGCUGGGCAACUGGGCUUCAGACAUUCUGCUCCAGUCAUCCCCGGGCGGUCAAUCCAAGAAGCGUGACAGCCAAGUGGUGACUGCAUUCCACCAAUACUUUUCCAAGCACGAUGUCAAAGUACUCAGCGAUGCAGAGACACCCGUGCUGCCGAAACUCGAGUGUAUCGUAGAUCAACUGGUGAAAGUUGGCUGCAACUUGCCUCAUGAACAGAGUUGGCGCACGAUCCUCCAAACUGCCUCGGUUGCAGGACUUCAACUUCCUGAUGAAACAACUUCUGUAGCUUUUCUGCGGCAAAUGAAGCAGAUGCUCAGAAAGAAGCCAGUUGUUGUGCCGCGCCACUUGGUCAGAUUUCCGCCCAAGCCCCAAGACUUGGAAUGGUUUUCCACUGCUUACACCGCAGAGGACCCUCCACAUGAGCUUGACGCGACUGAAGCCUUGAAGCAGGGUGUGACCUUGCGUAUCAGUGGAAGGAAUGUUGACAAGUCAAGAGUCGGUGGGUCAAUAAACCCAAAGGCCUUGACAUUCCAUGGGCCUGAUGCUGCACCUUCGCCUCCGCAUGGAGACCAGUCUCAAGAGAUGUGGGCCCGUAUGGGUGCCAUGAUGAUGCAGAUGAUGAUGCAUGGUGGCAGCGCCAACCCGAACAAAGCAAACAUCCAGCUCACCAAAAAGCAAAAGAUGUUGGAGGAUGGACCGCAGAGUGGAGGGGGUCAACCUGCGGCCCUUAAGGACGCGCCCCCUGCGGAUCAGAAUGUCCCUCCUGGACCGUCCAAAGGGCCAGAAGAUUCUACCGCUGAACAAGCACCAGCCCAUGAAGCGCAGCCGCAAGCCGAUGCAGUCUUGUUGAGCUUGCCUGAAAAUCAACCUUCAAUGAAAAAGCCAGCUGCGGCCAUUGCGGGGAAGCCUAAAGUCAAGGCAAAGUCCAGCUCGAAGUGCUCGGGCAAAGCUAAGCCCAAGGCAAAGGCAAAGGCAAAGGCAACGAUUAAGUCCAUUGCCAAGGGAGGUGGUGCAGGUCAUGGCAAGGCUACCGGCAAGGGGAACUCUGGUGGCAAGGGGCUGAAGCCAAAGACUAUCAUUCAGUGCAAAAAGGGCUGGAGGAUCGAUGAGCGUGUGAGAGAUUCGGGCCAGAAAGACAGGCACUACAUCAGCCCAGAGGGCACGAUGUUUCGAACUUUGACUUCGGCCACUGAAGGUGGCUUUGAAGGGUAG